GCCACGGUCAAUGUGAAAAAGUGGACGCAGUUUUGUAUUAUUCUUUUACUCAAAAUCGUGUAUGGAAUGAGUGUGAAAUCUUCGUUUACAGUUUCGCUUCCACAUCACUUUUACAAGCCAUUGUUUGCCAUGAGAUCUUAAACACAGUCUGUUUGCGUCAUGUCUAAUUCUUCGAGUAGUAAAAACCAUAACAAAAAGUCAAGCAGUAGCCGUGAUCGCGAUAGAAACAAGUCAGUAGCUUCUGAAUCAGGUGGUUCUAGCCAGUGCGAUACGCCUCCCCUCAAUGAGAAAGAUGCAAGUACUUCACAAGGGCGUUUUGCUGGCAUCGGGGCUGAUUCCAUACUUUGUAUGGCAGAUCAGGUAGCAAUGGAACUCAAUGCUGAAGCUGCCACCAAUCUUGCUGAAGAUGUCAGCUACAAACUUAGGCAGACCAUUAGUACAAUUGCUUUACAUAGUGAAAUGAUGAAGAAGUCCCGUGUGGAUUGCUGGGAUGUUAACUCUGUGUUGAUGCUCACAGAUACAAGUCCCGUUGUAGGAACAUGCUCCACUCAGUAUGCCCCUGUGGGAGAUGAAAAAAUAUGUUGCCAAGUUGAAACUUUAUUAAAUGUAACAGAAUGUGCAUUGACACCACAAAGCUAUGUAUACUCAACACUGCCCACCGUUUCGGUCGAAUGGAUCACAGAUGAGAAAAGUCUGAAUAACAAUAGCAAUAUUAGUGUCAGCUUACAGAAUUAUUAUACGAGAGUCGCUAGAGCAAUAUUAAAUCUUAAGAGAAAGCCAAAAGAGAUUGCAGUGGAAGACCUCACAACGAAUACUAGGAUUGGGCCAAUCUUCCCCAAUCUCUUCAACCUGGCAGUGCUGGUGCUGAACGAUGACAAUUUGAAUGCUUUAAAUGUGCCUGCCAAGAAACCAUUGCAAUCAAAUGUGUUAGAUAUGGUAGAUGCUCUCUGUUCCAAUCCUUGUAGCUUGGACACCAAUAUACAACAACAGUUUCAACGGUUAUUUCCAGUAAUGGUCUCAAAUAUUUUAGGAAACGGAUCUUUGGCUGAGAAGAUGGUUUCAAUACUAACAAAAAUCACACGUACCUGGCCCUCUUUUAUAGCAAUAGGUAAAAGCAUACUUUUCGACUACCUCGCACAAGGAACGAAGGAAAGAUUAACAGCGCCCAUGAUAAAGUGCGUUAUGGCGUUAGGAAGAAGGGCGCUUAUUGAGUGCUUAGACGAUCACUUGGAACAUUUGGACGAUUGUAUACAAGCGUCUAGAAGAAACCAUUUGCAACCAGACCUGAGGGAAACUAUUUUGGAUGCCUCGAGUUGUUUACUCAGAUCUGAGCCCACCACGUACCUGGAAGACUAUGUAGCAGCCGACUACACUCUAUACGAGAUGCUUGGGGACUCCAUAAUGCCUCGACGGACACUAUUCCCACAUUCACAAAGCAUCACAAGCGGGGACACCAACGGGGAGCGUUCGUCCGAAGACGAGUUGUACACACUUCUACGGACGCCCAUGACACGGCCGAGACUACGCCUCCUACCCACAAACCCACCGCUAAGGAACGGAGUACACCGCGAGCAAGUGUUCGAACCGACAAGAUUCUCAAUAAACAAGUGCAUUAGGAUAAAAAUAAAGAACUGCAGAUCUGUGGAAGUGCCCACUCGUGCCCGAUUGUUGUUCGAAAGAACUCAGCAAAGUGCGUUUUCUUACGGUCGUGAUAGUAUUACCAAUAGCGCUGUAGCAGCAAGCGGACUACUCAAUAGAUUCAAAUACAGACACAAGAGAUCUAAUGAUGCUUUCCCAAUAUUUGGAGCUUUAACUUUGUAACUAGUGUUAAGUGAAGAGUAAAUAUUACACAUAAAUUAUUUUUUUGAGAU